ACGGAUAACCUGACCCGGAUCUUAGGUGCAGCUGUAUAAAAGCGAUUUCUGCAGUCGUGCACGUUCAAAGAGAAUGAACACGACCUACAGAAAACGCCUUGAUUAAGACUGCAAGUGUACUGAAGGAUGGGUUAUCGAGAAGUGAGUCCAGAACUUGAGGCGAUAGCAGUGAAGGAGCUGAACGAGGACCCCAAGAGGAGAGACCAGGACAUCCAGCACAUCAAGGACUGGCUGAGCAAGCAGCCGCACCUCAGAGCACGCGACGAUGACCAGUGGAUUUUGACGUUCCUACGUGGCUGCAAGUUCUCUUUGGAGAAGACGAAGCAGAAGCUGGAUACGUUCUACACGCUGCGGUCCGCCCUUCCAGAUAUAUUCAUCAACCGGGAUCCAUUUUCACCAAAAGCCCAGAAAUAUCUGUCUUCACGUCUCGCUCUAGUGUGGUGCGUUCCCAUUGGCAGGGUAGUAGUGGAGCUGCCUCGGAGAUCGCCAGAGGGCCGCCGCGUCAUCAUCUGGCGGCCCGGCCUCCUGGCCCCUGGAUCACUGUCAGCGGAGGACGUCAGCAGGGUGAACUUCAUGAACGCCGAUGCGACGCUGCACGAGGACGACGCGACCGUCAUAUGCGGGGAGGUCACCAUUCAGGAUUUUCAAGGAACGACCAUGGCCCAUUUCGCCUCCUGGACACCUUGGCAGAUGAAGCGUAUCACCACCUGCUUCCAGGAUGGUUACCCGCUGAGAGCCAAAGGACUCCACAUGAUCAAUGUUCCAUCGGGCUUCGAGAAACUCUUCUCAUUAUUUGAACAAUUUUUCAAGGAGAAGAUACGUAAAAGGAUCUUUGUCCACGCUAAUCUGGAGUCUCUUCACAAACAUGUGCCGAAGGAAAUACUGCCGGAGGAAUAUGGAGGAGACGCCGGACCGAUCGACAAGAUACAAAGUGAGUGGAGAAGCCGCAUCGAGAGAAACGCUGCCUUCUUCAAGGAGGACGACAAGUACGGAGUUGACGAGUCGAAGCGGCCCGGAAAGCCCAAGACGCAGACCGACCUGUUCGGUGUCGAGGGAUCCUUCCGGCAGCUCGCCGUAGACUGACGGAACAAGAUGGGCGCUUCCUGUAUCAAUGUCCAACCGUAUACGCUCUGCUAUUGCAUAAGGAACAGCAUGUGGUAUAUUUGCGGGUUCCUGCCAAUGUAUGUCUUACAAAACAGUAACAUAAAUCCUCUUGAAAAUAUAAGCUUUCCUAAACUCA